AUGAUGGCCAACCCCCUUCCCCCUCCCCAUAUCCCGGGGCAAUCCGCAUUUCAGCUGCCCACUCCGCGUCCCUCGCCUUCCUCAUCUGACGACCGACCCCCCUGCACCCCCGACCACCCGCCGCCCCAGCAGCCCCCACAACACUCGGCUUCUGUAGGCCCGAUCUCCCCGGCCACCGGUCUUCCCGAUGCCCUCGCACAUAUUCCCAUCGACUAUAUCAUCGACCGUCUGCGCUCGAUGGCCCCCUACUAUUGGCAUAGGCCCGAGACUACAAACUGCACCAUAAUUGUCCCAACUGAGCCGGUGCGAAUGUUCUCUCGGGUUGCCAACGGACACUCUGCUAUUGCUGGCACAUCAUCCAGCGGCCCUCUGGGUGCGAUACGAGAUUCACGGAGAAGCAGUGCUCCCAACGCUGGUGCUCGCCAGCCCAUUCGUGUACGGUUGCACCAAGACUACCUCACUGCACAAUCGGCCCUCUUCCGGAAUCUCUUCUCCCAUUCGACUAUUACCCACCUCGAUCCCGCAUCGGCGGGAAGCCGACCCCUCUUCACCUUCUCGUCGCUGCGACACCCCCGCAUGACCGGCCCAGCUCACAAUCCUACCGUACUCCUUCCGGUACCCGACCACGCUUCAUUUGCGCUAUUGGUCCACUACUUGUAUUUUGGAGAUACCCGUACCAUUGAGAAUGCACUCCGUACUGGUACUAUCACGUGGGAAGGAUGUGUUCGGAAUGUCGAGUAUCUCGGGCUCAGGGAUGAAAUCAAACGAUUCCUCGGGCGAUGGUGGAGGCUAUGGAUUGCGGGUGGGGGGCAGAGACACGUCCGACGGCGUGCGACGGACUCUGUCGAAGAGGAAGAGGAAGAGGAAGAUGGAAACGAACCAAGCGGAUCUACUGGGGCAGGCUCGAGCCAACAACGGGGACUUCAAACGGUGUUGGAUACGGCAGACCAAGAAGCAGAGGGGAGGGAAUACACUCGAACUUCGACCAAGGUCCAUACCGGGCAAGGCUUAGUCGACGCAGACGAGCUCGCUGCAAUGUUAGAACGCGUUUGA